AAAAAAGAUCUGUCAGGUCUGACAAACUUAUUGAAUGAAGAUAAUAUUAAGUAUUUUGCUAAAACAUUCGGUAUUAUUGAUCCUCAUGCUGUAUGUAUUGAUCAUUCUGCUGGAUUUUCAAUCUGGAUAUUGGAUAAUCAUAGUCACAUGUUUUGUUGGGACGAUAUGGGACAUAAUAUGAAGUACAUGGGAUCUAAUAAGAUAUAUGAGGUUAUGGAGGACACUUGCGAGCUUAUAACCAAGAAGGAUCUUAAACGUUGGGAAGAUGAUGAAACACUGCAGUCGUAA